AUGUCUCAAAUAGUCGAGACGGCUGUCAAGCUUAGAAGAGAUGGUCAUAAAGUCUUGAUCGUAUCAUCUGGAGGCAUUGCGGUGGGCCUGAAAAGAUUGAAGCUGACGCAACGACCAAAACAUCUGUCAUCUGUACAAGCUGUGGCAGCUAUUGGACAGGCCCGUUUAAUUGGAUUAUGGGACGAUCUUUUUCGUCAAUUGGACCAGCCCAUUGCACAAAUCUUGCUAACUCGAAAUGAUAUUGCCGAUAGAACCCAGUACUUGAAUGCUGCUAAUACUAUGAACGAACUUCUCAAUAUGGGGGUUAUUCCUAUUGUGAAUGAAAAUGAUACUUUAUCAGUCUCUGAAAUUCGCUUUGGUGAUAACGAUACGCUCUCUGCUAUUACGGCUGGCAUGGUGAAUGCCAACUAUUUGUUCUUGAUGACUGACGUAGAUUGUCUCUAUACCGAGAAUCCUAGAACUAAUCCAGAAGCGAAACCGAUUUUGGUAGUUGACGAUAUUUCAAAGUUGAAAGUUGAUGUAUCUAGUGGAGCUGGCAGUAAUGUUGGAACUGGAGGUAUGACAACAAAGCUUAUUGCUGCUAGGUUAGCUACUUCAGCUGGAGUCAACACCAUUAUUUGCAAAAGUUCAAUUCCGGGAAAUAUACACUUGAUUGUCAAGUAUAUUCAAACUCAUGAUACUCCUUCUGUCGAGGUAAUCGCUGAUAAGAUUCCAACAGCUAUCUCAUCAGCGAGUGCAUCGCACACUAGUUUGACAGAGACUCCAGAGAUCCAACAACAUGAACUUGAAAGUCUUACAAUCGAAGAUGUUCCCCUUCAUACUCGGUUUUUGCCUAUUGGUCAGCCAAUAAAAGACCGCCAAUUUUGGAUUCUGCAUGGACUUUCACCUUCUGGAAGUAUAUUUAUUGAUCAAGGAGCAUCAUCUGCUCUCACUCGAUCCAACCGUGCUGGUUUGUUACCAGUCGGCAUCAUCAAUGUAGACGGCAUAUUUCAUACCUCUGAAUGCGUUAAUAUCUAUUCGGCACAUCGUAGCUCUGACGGCGUUGGUAUGGAUAAGAGCAAACCAUCCAAACUGAUUGGCAAGGCCCUUGUUAACUACUCGUCUACAGAACUUGAUCGCAUCAAGGGUCUUCACAGCCAUGAGAUUGAGUCUGCCAUUGGCUAUGCUGAUUCAGAAUAUGCUGCUUUCAGAGACAACAUGGCAUUUUUUUAA